AUGGUUGUCUUCAGUAAGAUCACGGUCGUUUUGGCCGGCCUUUCGACUGUUGUAUCGGCUGUGCCGAUGGGUCCCUCGCGCAAGAGCAGCUUUACCAUCAAUCAGCUGGCUCGCCCGGUAUCCCAGCCGAAGACUCUCAAUUUGCCCGGCAUGUACGCGGCCGCCCUCUCCAAGUAUGGUGCUACAAUUCCCGCCAGCGUCCGUGCCGCUGCUGAAAGUGGCUCGGCCACCACCACCCCCGAGAACAACGAUGAGGAAUAUCUGACUCCGGUCAACGUGGGUGGCACUAUACUGAACCUGGAUUUUGACACAGGUUCUGCCGAUCUCUGGGUUUUCUCUACUCAGCUGCCCGUCUCCGAGCAGGCAGGCCACAGUGUUUACAAACCUGGUGGUAAUGGCACUAAGCUGGCAGGAUAUACCUGGUCCAUCCAAUAUGGCGACCAGAGCUCUGCUAGCGGCGAUGUCUACAAGGACACCGUCACGGUUGGUGGCGUCAAGGCCACCGGCCAGGCUGUUGAGGCUGCCUCGCAGAUCAGCCAGCAAUUUGUCAAUGACAAGAAUAAUGAUGGUCUACUGGGUCUGGCUUUUAGCUCCAUCAACACUGUCAAGCCUAAGGCGCAGACCACUUUCUUUGACACUGUCAAGUCCCAGCUUGACUCUCCUUUGUUCGCUGUCACCCUGAAGCACAAUGCCCCCGGAACCUAUGACUUCGGCUUCGUCGACAAGUCCAAGUACACCGGCUCUCUGGAAUACACCCAGGUUGACAGCUCCCAGGGCUUCUGGAGCUUCACUGCCGACGGAUACAAGAUUGGCAGCACCACUGGCGGAUCCAUCCAAGGUAUUGCUGACACUGGCACCACCCUCCUGAUGCUCCCCGAUGACGUUGUCACUGCCUACUACAAGCAGGUCAGUGGAGCCCAGGAGGAUUCCUCCGUCGGUGGCUACACCAUUCCCUGCGACGCCAAGCUGCCUGACUUCACUGUCACCAUCGGCAGCUACGAUGCUGUUGUUCCCGGUGAUCUGGUAAACUACGCUCCUAUCCAGAGCGGCAGCUCGACCUGCUUCGGCGGUAUCCAGAGUAACUCUGGCUUGGGCUUUUCCAUCUUUGGUGACAUCUUCCUGAAGAGCCAGUACGUGGUCUUCGACUCCAAUGGCCCCCGCCUUGGCUUCGCCGCCCAGGCUUAA